UUGGAAUACAAUCUGCUAGUUUUUGAUUAUGUGUAUGGUUACUAAUAUAAGGAACUACAAAAGUACUGGCUAUGAAACAUGAAAGUGAAUCAAUUAAACGCAUGCAAUCUAGACCUGAGAUUGUCAAGAAAAGGAAGAUACCAGAGAACACAUGUCCCUUACCCAACAAGCAAGCAAAAGGAGUGAAGGAUGGUCUCAAUGCAAAACAAUUACAAACUGAGGCCAAGUCACAUCCAAAUGUACAGACCACUACAAAAAGUGACUUAACGAAAACAGACCCACAACCCUCCCAUUCAAGAAAAAAUUCUAAGAGAUCCCUCACAAGCAGUGAUGAAUCAUCAUCUCAAAUCAAGGUUAAAAAGUGUGACUCUCUGAAUAACCAAGUAAAGAAAAAAGCUGGGUCUCAGAAUAGCCAAGUAAAGAAAAAAGAUGAUUCUCUGAAUAGUCAAGUGAAGAAAAAAGUUAAAACUCUGAAUAGCAAAGUGAAGAAAAAAGCUACAUCAACUAGCAGUUUGUCUUCUAAAGAACCGCCACACAACAAAAGUGAAAAAAUAAAUUCUAAAUCUAAACAAGAAAACAAAACUGACAAGUUAAAUCUGUCUGAAACAAAUGUAGGCUGUGAUUCCAAAGCUGUACACAAGCCAACAAACUGCAUUAAAGGCAAGAAAAAUAAAACAUCAUUGCCUACUAAAGUCUCACCUAAAAAAGAUGAAGGGAGAAAUAAGAACCAGGCAAAUGACAAAAACGUCACAUCUUACCCAGCUAAAACUCCAGUUGACAUGGAUGACCCGCUGGCCAUCUUGAUGAUGAUGGAGGGUCAGCAGAGUUCACAUCUCUCAUCUCAGGCAAGCUCACAGCUGGCAUCAACCUCUUCAAUGACAUCAACUGAGACAUCAGAUGGUGAACUCAACCACACAACAGAUUCAGAAUCUGAGGGAAUGUCAGACUGGGAGGAGGUACAUGAUCAUGAGAUGGCCCCUGAGAGAUCACAGAUCCCUGAUCAGCCUGUCGAGAUCACUUUAGAAAUGCCAGAUAUCUUAAAGCGAAAAAUUAGAAAAAAGAAAGCAUUUGAUUGGAAGGCUUAUCUACAAAGAAGAGUCAAGCGGUUUAAGAAAGAAGUAGCUAUUGACAUGCACAAGGUACACCUUCUCUGCCUUCUCUCCCUUGGGAUGCAACAAAAUGAAGCCCUGAAUGAACCAGUUCUAAUCGGAGUUGUCUUCUCAUUGCUCCCUGACCAUUUCAUAAAGACAAAAGUCAGUUUAGAACAAAAGGUUGAAAACAUCGCAGCCUGGUAUAAAAAGAGUUACACUCUAGACAAGAUAACUCAUUGCUCAGAUAUCAGACUUGUAUCAACAACAACACUCAUCAAUAUACUAGCUCAUGGAACUAUAACAGAUGCUAGGGUCUGGGUGUUGGUGUUCAUCUGUAUCCUGCGAGCAAUGGGCCACACAGUGAGGCUUGUCCUGUCUCUACAGCCUAUGCCAUUCAAAGUUCCUGAGAACUCUGAAGAAGGCUCACAGAGUAAAAAAACUAAACAACCUGACAAGAAGAAGUCAAGUGGUAGUGACAAAAAGAAGAAGACAGAGGCCUUAAAGCAGAAGAAAGCCCCAGCUAAACAAGCCGCAGCAAGUAAGGAAACCAAAGCUCCAGCAGCCCAGUCCACACAGCACCAGAGAAAAUCUGUCAGGGAAUCCAGCAAAAAGGCAGCACUGAAGAACAGGAAGAGUUUAGAAGAUAUGGAAGAUGACAGUGAUGAUGAUGAAGAUCACAGUCAAAGCAGCUCAGAUAACAAAUUUUCUAAUGAUGAUAAUAAAAAAAGGAAAAAAUUGACAAAGAAAAAAGAAAAAUGCCAGAAAUCUCAUAGCAAUGAUGAGUCAAGUUCAGAAAAAGAGUUUGCAGACACAAGUUUCAAUAUUCGAAGCCCCAAGAAUCUGACAAAAGAUUUAAAAAUUUUGUCCAACAGAAAGAUAUUGUCAGCCUCGACUAGCGGAGAUGAUUCAGACAGUCACAGUUCCAGCGAUGUUGGUCAUGACUUCUGGCUAGAGAUUUAUUUUCCUGAAAAGAAUAAAUGGAUGUGUUUUGACCUGUUUAAGUCACAGUUUGGAAAGCCGUAUUCAUUAGAAAAUUCAGCCACACAACCAAUUACCUACGUCUUAGGUUUUAAAAAUGAUGGUAGUGUUAAAGAUGUGACUGCUCGCUAUGCUAAACAAUGGCUGUCAUUUACAAGGAAAAAUCGUGUAGACUCUGAAUGGUGGAUGCAGACUUUAUUUAUCUUUGACAAAGCAUCUUUUAAGGAUAAUUUAAUAGAAGAUGAUGAAAUCAAAGGCCAGCUGUUGGUGCGUCCCAUGCCUACAAGCAUUGCUGAAUUUAAAAACCAUCCCUUGUAUGCCCUCCGACGCCACCUGCUCAAGUUUGAGGCUAUCUACCCUGACACAUCCAUUCCUGUAGGCUACAUUAAGAAAGAGCCAGUCUAUGCAAGAGAAUGUGUCAGAACUCUACACUCCAGGGUCAAUUGGCUCAAGGAAGGGCGCCUUGUUCGGCUGGAUGAAAAGCCUUACAAAAUGGUUAAAUCCAGACCAAAGUGGAACAAACCCAAAGACAACCCUGAUGAAUUGGACCUGGAACUGUAUGGAGAGUGGCAGACAGAUAAAUAUAUUCCCCCUCCUGCUUAUAAUGGAAAAGUUCCAAGAAAUGAAUAUGGAAAUGUUGAACUGUUCAAACCCUGGAUGUUGCCAUCUGGGACUGUCCAACUUCGAGGGCAAGGCUUACAGAGAGUUGCUAAGAAACUUGGGAUAGACAUAGCACCAGCUAUGAUUGGAUGGGAUUAUCACCGGGGCAUGCCACAUGCAAUGAUGGAUGGCUGGGUGGUGUGUGAAGAAUUUGCUGACACACUGAUGACAGCCUGGCUGGAAGAUCAGGAGAUUCAGCAGCAGAGAGAACAAGAGAAAAAAGACAGUAGGGUGUAUGGUAACUGGCGCAAGUUAAUUAGAGGACUGCUGAUUAAAGAAAGGCUGCAUAAAAAGUUUUUACAGGAACCAACCUUGGUGCAGGAGGUGUGUGAGGAAAAAGAAACUUUCUCAGACGGUGAGGUGGCUGUUGAUGUCCAACAUUCCUGGCCCCGCAAUAGGCAAGAGCAGACAACUAAGGGAGAUAAGCCAAGACAGCAGAAACAGGAAAAGUUAAUUGAGGAAGUCAUAAAACCUGAAGGGUCAGAGGUUAAGGCCUUAGAACAAACACCAGCUGGUGAUAACAAACAAAAGGGUCUGAAGAAAUCAGGUAAAGAUUUUAUGGUUGAUGUGAAGGAUGAAGAUGCAUUUGAAAACUUGAAUGAUCAGGUUAAAGUCCCGCCAAAGGGAAAAGGUGGCCAAAAUACAAGACAAUCUAAAAGAUUUGCUAACACCGAUGAUGUAGGGACAGAGAAGACUGAAGAGUUACAGCCAGCCAGACAAACUAGGGGCAGAAAAGCCAAGAAAACUGAAGAUAAAAACACAGAACAAGAGGAACAGGAAGUUGAUCAGAAAACUAAAAAGGAAAAACAAAACAGAGUUGUUAAAAAAUCUGGCAACAAAAAUUGUGAUGAAGCAGGGGAGAUAACAGAUGAUGAAAUGGAGAAAGCAACUGGGAGAAAAAAGAAAAUUGUUGCUAAUAAUUCUUCUGCUAGUAGAAGAAGGAAAAAUUAAAUAGAUCUAGAUUCUUACGGUGGUUAAACUUUAAAUAAAGGGCUAGGGUUGAAAUUUUUAUCUUAAGAAAUCCCAUGUGUGUUUAUUUGACAUUGAAAUCUUUCAAAACAUUGUUCUGUAUUUACCUAAUGGAAUUUCCUUAUAGGAAUUGUGUUAAUAAUAUUGUUGUUGUUUUUUUUGUUUGCACUAUAAAAGUUAAAACUGGUUGCUAACAGUACUUCAGUCUUGUAUUUUAUUGACAUUAUGUUUUAAGGGCAUUCCUUGUAUUUGUUUUUUGAGAAUCAGUACAACAUUGUGAUCAUACAAAUCGUAUUAAUGAAAAGCAAACAUUUAUAGAUUCAUUUUUUGUAGAUUAGAAAUGGACAAAUAAUUGAUGUUAAUUAAGUGUAUAAUUUUUAUAAGCAAAUUAUCUUUAUGCUAUAAAGUUGAUUACUUCUAAGUGCCACAUAUUACAUAAACUAUGAAGCACAUAAAACAAUACUUACAGUUUUAAUGCACACAAUUUUUGCUUCAUAAAAUGUUUGCCAAUGUACUCAACUUUUUGUUUUGAUGUACAUUAGGUUCAAUAGUCACAUGAUUUUGCAGUACUCUUCUAAGGGCAUUCAAAGAUUUUUGUCUAAUCUUAUAUCAAAUAUAUUUCCAGAAGCUGGCAUUAUUUUUAUGAUUGUUUAGUACAGGGUCAUCUUUUAGUGAUAAUUUUUCAAGCAUGUACAGCCCAUGGUCUUGGUGCUACAACAUACAAACUUCCAAUAUUUUUCCUUGCUCUGGUCACAUUAGGUGCUCAGUGAACCAAACAGGCAUAUGGCCCAGCAUUAGCUAUGCCAGAUUUUUUUUCUGAUUUCCCUCUAAAGAGCACUAUUGUUAAUUAGCCCCUGUAAUGAUAUGUCUGCUUGACCAGUGUCCAGUGUUGUAGGUGCUGGUCCUACUAUGUACAUUUUAUUUUCUUGUAAUGACCCAGAUGUGUUCAACUAUGUGAAUUGUUCAAAUCUUUUCAGUUUAAGAUGAUGAUAUUGUUUAGACUGUAAAUAUAUACAGAACUGUCUAUGCCCCCAACAAUUGAUUAUACUCUACCAAAUUUUUAAUGCACAAAUCUGAGGAUUUGUCUAACACUCACAUGCAGUUUAUUUUUUAAAUCACUUAAUGUAGAAUACUUUGCUACUAAAAUUUUUACAUUUAAUUGUUUGAAUGUAUUGUUUUUUCCUUUCAUUCUCACUUCUCAUUGCCCAUUGCAUGUGUUAUCAGCAAUUGAAUACUAUUAUCACCUGUCUCUAGCUAUAGCCUUCACUUUUUUAAACAUUAAGCUUCUAUUCUUCAACUCAUUCCCCAGCAAUCUUCUGUGUGGAUCUUCUCCAUGUUUUGUUCUGCCUUCCUUGUUUUCUCUUGCCCUAUAGCAUCCAUCUAAACCACAGCACAUCUCCUUUUAUUCUGAGAACAUGUUUGUUCUUUUACACUGUAAACCAUUGUUUUGAAUGGAUUGUCAGAUCAUAUAAAAUAUUAUUUCCAAAUUAAAAACAAGCUAAUGUAAGAAUCUCCAGUUACCAUUGCUCAUCCUGUGUAGUAAAAACAAUCAUAAAUGUAUAAUGUUUACAAUAAUAAAAUAG